GGCCAGACCCUUCGAGUCCCCUUCAUUGGAACCACGGGUGACACCCUCCCAGACCUACCUCCCCAGGACCCUCGUCCCUCUGUGUCCCACCCAGACAUCGCCUUCACUUCCCCUCAUCAGUUUGCUCACUUCAUCCGACAGGAGGACGUCACAUUCUACUCAGUGAACGUCAUGGAUCUUCUUCGCUAUGAUCCACUCUGUCCCGAGGUUGAGCUCAUCUCACUGGAGCCCGAUCCCCCUGACCCUUCCUCCAUCUUCGCGGCUCCCAUCUCCACAUCCACCCGUCAGCCUGCGGAUACCCCCUCCACGUCCCAGGCCCCAGCGCCGCCGACCGUCGAGUCCACAUAUACGUCUCGUGCCGACGCAGACGCUGAGGAACUCACACGGUUCACGGCAGACUUAGAGCCCGCCGUUCGCGACCUGAUUCGAGAGUACCGCGACGUCUUUCCCCCGUACUUCUCAUACAGCGGGAUUCCCUCGAUGCGCGGUGUUGAGCAUUCUAUACAGCUCGUGCCUGACUAUCGUGUUCACCAUCAGGCACCGUACCGACUCUCGAUUCCAGAGGCGACGGAACUCAAGCGUCAGCUUGAGGAGAUCCUUCAACUGGGUUUCAUGAAACCUUGUAACUCCCCUUGGGGUGCACCUGUCCUCUUUGCUCGCAAAGCGGACGGAACUCUUCGCCUCUGCAUCAACUACCGCGGCCUUAACCGUUACACGGUUAAGAACAGCUAUCCUAUGCCCCGCGCGGAUGAGUUGUUUGACCGUCUGGCAGGCAACCGCUUCUUCACGAAGAUCGAUCUUCGUAGCGGUUACCACCAGAUCCGCAUUGCCACAGAGGAUCAGCCGAAGACCGCCUUUCGGUCACGCUUCGGCCAUUACGAGUUCACGGUGAUGCCAUUCGGCCUCACCAAUGCCCCCGCCACCUUCCAAACGGCGAUGAACGACAUCUUCAGGGACAUCCUUGAAGAAUACGUUCUCGUAUACCUGGAUGGCAUCUUGGUCUACCGUCGUACCUUAGAAGACCAUCUCAGACACCUCCGCGAUGUCCUACAGCGCUUACGCAAGCAUGACUUCUAUGCCAAGCUCAGUAAGUGCCGAUUUGCCCAGCGCAAAGUGGACUUCCUAGGACACCAUGUAUCUGACCAGGGUCUCCACAAUGACGACGCAAAGAUCACUGCUAUUGCAGAGUGGCCCGUCCCCGCAUCUCCCAAGCAGCUUCGCAGUUCCCUAGGCCUCACCAGCUACUAUAGUAAUUUUAUCCAGGGAUACGCUAGGUAUUUCUACGUCCUUACCUCUACCCUCCUUCGGAAGAACCCGCCGUGGUUUUGGACACCCCUGUGCGAGGACGCCUUUUGCGCCCUCAAGAAGGCGGUGACCUGUGCGUCGGUUCUUCGCCUUCCCGAUUUUGAUCGCCCCUUUAUCGUCACCACUGAUGCGUCAGAUUUUGCAGUAGGAGCUGUCCUUUCUCAGGUGUUUCCCUCUCCUCCAGAUUCACCUUACCCCCAUGAUCCUCCUUUCCCCCCCCUCCUACUGACAUUGCUUCUCGACUGACGCCUACCCUCCCACCACUUCCCUCCACAGACAGUCCUCGUGUUACUUACUCCCCGACCAUCGCGGAGGAUGGGACUAUCGAGGCUCGUGAAGGGGAUUGCCCGAUCGCUUUCUCCUCCCGUCAGUUACUGCCUGCCGAGAUAAACUACACUGCCGAUG